CCGGCCCGGCCUGGCCCCGAGCAGGGAGAAGAUUUCUGCAGCUUCUCUUUGAAAUGGUGGGGCUAGGAAACGGCCGUCGAGGGAUGAAGUCUCCACCUCUUCUGGUAGCUGCGCUGGUGGCUUGUCUGGUUGUUUUGGGUUUCAAUUAUUGGAUUGCAAGUUCUCGCAGCAUUGACUUGCAGAAUCGGAUUAUGGAACUGGAGGGGCGAGUCCGUAGAGCAGCUGCAGAGAGGGGAGCUGUUGAACUCAAAAAGAAUGAAUUCCAAGGAGAACUUGAGAAGCAGCGGGAGCAGAUUGAUAAAAUCCAGUCCUUGCACAAUUUUCAGAUGGAAAAUGCCAAAAAAAUACAUCAGGAUGAGAAGGUGAUGUUAAUGAACAAUAUCACAACAAAUGAACGAUUGAUCCAGAACCUCCAAGAGCACUUGAAAGUGUUACAGAUGGAAAAUGGGAAGCUACAGCUGGAUGUGUACCGGUAUCAGAAAAACCAGACUAACCUUCAGAGGAAAUUUUCAUAUGAUCUGACCCAGUGUGCCAAUCAGAUGAAAGAGCUGAAAGAACAAUGUGAAGAAAGGAUAGGUGAGAUCACAAAAAAAGACAGUGAAGCACCACAGACUAAGGAACACAAAGACUUCACAGAUAAUUCCCCCAAAAAUUUCCAGGUUAAUAAUCAGUUGCCAGCCUUUAACCAACUGGAGGUCCAGCAGAAUGACCUGGAACAGCAGAAAACAGAUGAACAAGAGAAGAGCAAAAUUCCUGGAAGCUUAUCUGGAGAAGUACCAAAAUCAACACUUAAUGUGAAAAACGCACUUGAAAAUGAUUCUCAUAGAAAUAAAGAUGGGACAAAUGAUCUGGUUACCAUCAGUAAGCAGGAGGUGAAAGCAGAAGGUGAGAAACUUUCCAUUGAUCAGGGACUCCCACAGGAUUCAGCAAAGGCUACAGUAGAUCAUGAGGAACUACCUCCUGAACCAGGAAAAGAAUCAAAUCCAUAUGAAGAGGUAAAAAAUGUAGCUGAAAACGGUGCAGAAGAACAGGAGUCAUUCCGCGUGCAAAAACUGCAAGCCAGCCAGGCUACUAACGAACAAAACAUUGCCAAUGAGGAGGUGGAGAGGGAGCACUUCUUAAAUUAUGAUGCUCAGCUGGAUGACCAGGGGCCCAGUAAGGAUGACAAACAGGGACCUGAAGCAGUCAACCAGAACAAAGGAAUUGACUACAAUUUAGAUGAGAAUGAGGCUGAAUCUGAAACGGACAAACAGGCUGCACUUGCAGGCAGUGAACAUAAUUUGCAUGUGCCAAACUCUGAUCAGAACGUGAAAAGCCACUUACUUGGGCAAGCUGAAGAGGAGCAACAGAAGCUGUGAAUAAGGAAGGUUGUCAUGCGAUUCAGAUACCUAUCAACAAAUGCAGAGCCAAGGCAGCUGAGAAGGCUUGACUGUUGUCUCCUCACAACUUUAAGAAGAACCCCAUAUAAAGUAGAUAACUGUUGUGAAGUCUUAGUCCUUUGUUGAUUAAAACAAUACCUUCUCUCUCUCCUGAGGUUUGUUUUUCAUGCAGUUUUGACCUCUGUAACAAAACCAGCUCUCUUUCUGGCUAAAAAUCGAAAUGAGCUAGCAAAAGUUGUAGUAAUGCUUUGAAACAAUCAACCAAAUUGUACACUCGUACCAUAGCAACACUGUUUAAACCUCUCCCCCCACCCCCAUCCUUACCUAAAUCACUCCAAGGCUUGCUGCACUAUGGAUGAGGUAGUGUAAGGACAGAAAAACUAGCUUUAAAUGAGUUAGUUUAUGUACUUGGAAGUAGUUUAGCCCUAUCAGCACAGAGCUUGAUACCACCUAAUUCACCCUGCCAAGGAGAGGGGUCUUCUAGCCUGUGCUGCUCUCCAUGAUGUGAUGGUAGACUGCUUCCAGUAUCAGAGCCAGCUUGGUUGGGUCUCUCUCAUGACACUGCAGUAUAGAUAUGCUACAGUUACAUCUUGAAUCCAUACUUGUCCUUCAAUGUUUAUUUUAUCUAUAAUACUUUUCUCUUGUACCUAAUAUUAUCUGCCUGUUUACAGAAUCUCCACCAAAGCUAGAAGACUUGGCCUGACCCCGCAAACUUUUUCUUGGCUUUUUUUUAAUCCUUUUAUGAGAUCUGUUCUCCAUACACAAAAUUGGUACUUCCCAUGGAAAGUCACUUAAGAGUAGUGCUGGAAUCACAUUAGCUAGGCAAUAAGGAUGAAGUGGCAUUGGCCUAUACAGUUCAUUUUAGCAGAAGGAUUUGUUUUCUGUCAGAUUUAUAGGCUUCUAAAGCUACUUAUCACCUCUGAGGGAGGGUCUGAGCAGUUGUGCCAUGUAUACCCUUUACUUCACCCAUGUAGUAUUCCCUGCUGCAGAGAUUAGCAAGUUGCAGGUUUUACUUAGAACAAAACUUGCCAAGCAUCUUCUUCACAGGGUAACUAAGGCCAUUGUGCAGUUAGAAGGCAUGAUUCUAAAAAGCCCCACAAGUGACCCUUACAUAUAUUGUGAAGUGCUGCUUUAUGCACAACCUACCUUAUUGCCAGUAAGGUUUAAUAGUUUUUAUUACAAGUUGUUGAAUGUGCUCAUUGUGAUAAAACAUACAAUACCUCUUAAUGCAGGUCAUACUUAUGGGAGCCCUAGACCCGAGUUGUUACAAGAAGACCUGUUAGAAAGUAGUUUAAAUUGGAAAAAGUCCACAGCACUCUGAUCUCUUGUCACAGAGCAUUAUUCGUACCUUAUCUGUGCUCCUCUGUUCUGUGCCAUGUUUCACUUGCGCACUUCACUAACAGCAGGGAGCCGAAAGGGCUUUGGCUUUUGGUAUAUAUGGUUGCCUGAAGAAGCCUGUAGGCUGUAGCUUAGCAUUUUGCAAUCCAAAAAGAAAAGCGUUUUAAACCAACCUGUGUCUGCUAAGUCUAAGCAUUUGUAUCCGUUUGUGUCUGUACACUUUAUUUCAAUGAAGAAAGGGUAGUGGGCAUGACUUAACUGUGCAAUCAUUUGUACAAUA